CGCGGCGACACUUCCGCCCGCCUCCCGGUGUCACGCGACCGUCUCCACCUCCCGCCCUUCUCUACCUCCUGGCCCGCCUGGCCAGUGAUGAGAUAUUCGGACGGGUCGGAAGGUGGCCACCGCGAUCGAAAUCACGUCCACGACCGCGACCAUGGCCGAGUAUCACGCCCAGAAUAAAGCCAAGCUCAUCUCUGAGACCCGACGGAGAUUCGAAGCCGAAUAUGUGACAGAUAAGCCAGAUAAAUAUGAUCCACGUGAUGUUGAAAGGCUACAACAGGAUGAUAACUGGGUUGAAAGUUACUUACUUUGGAGACAUAGUGUUGUUGAUGAAACACUGAAGAUGCUUGAUGAAAGUUUUCAGUGGAGGAAAGAAAUGUGUGUCAACGACCUGACUGAAUCCUCCAUUCCCAGAUGGUUAUUGGAAAUUGGUAGUAUUUAUCUCCACGGUUAUGACAAAGAAGGCAACAAGUUGUUCUGGAUCAGGGUGAAGUAUCACGUAAAAGACCAUAAAACCAUGUUGGACAAAAAGAAGCUUAUCGCAUUCUGGUUGGAACGUUACGCUAAAAGAGAAAAUGGGAAACCCGUAACAGUGAUGUUUGACCUGUCAGAAACUGGAAUAAAUAGCAUAGAUAUGGACUUUGUACGCUUUAUCAUCAACUGCUUUAAGGUUUAUUAUCCUAAAUACCUCUCAAAAAUGGUGAUCUUUGAUAUGCCUUGGAUAAUGAACGCUGCUUUCAAAAUUGUGAAAUCCUGGCUUGGUCCGGAAGCAGUGAGUUUGUUGAAGUUUACCAGCAAAAAUGAAGUCCAGGACUAUGUCAGUGUCGAGUAUCUGCCUCCCCACAUGGGUGGGACUGAUCCUUUCAAGUAUAGCUAUCCACCACUAGUAGAUGAUGACUUCCAGACACCAUUGUGUGAAAAUGGGCCUAUUGCCAGUGAGGAUGAAGCUUCAAGUAAAGAAGAUAUAGAAAGUGAUGGCAAAGAAACCCUGGAAACAGUUUCUAGUGAAGAACAAAUAACUCUUCUAAAAAAGAUUAACCUAACCGAACAUACUUCCAAAGCAGAAGAAACUGAAAAGGUUGAUUCCAAAAUGAAAGCUUUCAAAAAACCACUGAGUGUGUUUAAAGGGCCCUUAUUACACAUCAGCCCAGCAGAAGAACUGUAUUUUGGAAGUACAGAAUCUGGAGAGAAGAAAACUUUAAUAGUGUUGACAAAUGUAACCAAAAACAUCGUAGCAUUUAAGGUGAGAACAACUGCUCCAGAAAAAUACAGAGUCAAGCCAAGCAACAGCAGUUGUGACCCUGGUGCAUCAGUUGAUAUAGUUGUGUCUCCCCACGGGGGUUUAACAGUCUCUGCCCAAGACCGUUUCCUGAUAAUGGCUGCAGAAAUGGAACAGUCAUCUGGCACGGGCCCAGCAGAAUUGACUCAGUUCUGGAAAGAAGUUCCCAGAAACAAAGUGAUGGAGCAUAGGUUAAGAUGCCAUAUUGUUGAGAGCAGUAAACCAACCACUCUGACAUUAAAAGACAGUGCUUUUAACAUGUCUGAUAAAACCAGUGAAGAUCUUUAUCUGCAACUCAGUCGUUUACUAGAAAGCAAUAGGAAGCUUGAAGACCAAGUUCAGCGUUGUAUCUGGUUCCAGCAGCUACUGCUUUCCUUAACAAUGCUCUUGCUUGCUUUUGUCAUCUCUUUCUUCUAUUUGUUGUACAGUUAAAGAAGUGGCACUCGGUAGGAAACAAGGUUCUUUCGUUCAUUAGUUGGAAAAAGACCCAGAACUUCAUGCUACUAAAAGUGCCGCACAUCUGUGCUUCCUGAAAGGAAAUUUGCCGCACUUAGAGGGGGACAUGUCUUGAAAAUAAAGUCUGUUAGAAUAAGGAAACACUGGAGAAAUUGAUUAUAAGAGACUAUAGCUGUAGUUAGCCAAGUCAAGGCAUAGCCGUGUGUAAAUUAAUACUUUAGAUAUAAUUUAUUUUUUCCUUUCGAUUUGAAGACUUCUGAAGUUUAAGUUGUAUUAUAUAUAUACAUUAGCUGAACUGAAAAGUGUAAGUAACAAGCUUUGUUGCAGCCAAAAAUGUCAUCUGCUUUUUUUUAAUGACAAAAUCAUUAUAGCUGAGCCAACUUACUAGCUUUUCUAUACUAUGUAUAUAGAACAUGUAUAUUGAAAAAACCAUACUUAUACAGAGUAAUUUCUUUAAACAUGACUUUGUAAUUUUGAGAAUUACUUCCAGAUGCUAGUCAAUAUUCUUUGAGUAUGUAAAACUAUUUAAUGCCAAACCACCUUUAGCCUUUGUUUCUUAUCUGUCUUCCUUAAAGUCUGCCUUUUAUUAAUCUUGGACUUUUUAAUGAAUACUCACAUUUAGGUAGAACUGGGGAAACUAAGUUUGGUUGGGUUUUCCUUGAAUUCUGUCAGUGGCACAGAGAAGAAAAAUCCUUUCGGUCCCACUUUCCAGUCUUUUUUAUGCGGUGUCACAUUGCUCACGGUGGCUGGACACUGACCCGUAUGCUUCAGUAUUAGAAAGGCCUACUCCAAUGUUGUACCAUCUUCACCCUCUUUUCUAAACGAGUUAAAAUUUCUUUGAAAAGUUAGUUUUUGAGAGGCAUAGCCGUAGAAUUCAUUUACAUUUCAGGUCCUUGUUAAAAUCAGCCACCAGAAGGAAACUUGACAAAAAGACUAGAGGAUCUAGAAGCAUGAAAAAAAAAAAUCAAAACUCAAGUGUCAAGUGUCCAUUUCUGAGUGAAAAGUAGAACUCAUGAUCCACUUGUACCACCUUCAGACUGGGGCUGAUGGACUUGCUGGAUCUUCUGCCCUUGUCACAGUAAUCCCAAGGGUGGUUCCUGAGUGCCUAAGAUGAUACGACUCGCAGGGGCAGAGGUGGAUAAAAAGAGUUUGUUUUCUCAUUUAUACAGCCAGUUUCAGUCCGUGUUGGUUCACGUGUAAAUCUACUUGAUAUGAAAGAAAAAGAGUCUGCCUGUUAAAUAAAUGUUGAGUUUUGAUUGAGCCAUGCUUGGAGAAUGUUUUCUUCUGAAGUGUGGUGUUGGCGGCUUUCAUCUGGAGAAGCUGAUGAUUCCAACACUGAGUUGUGAAGAAUGAUAUAAUAGAGUCCCUUCAAAAUUGGCCUAGAAAUAAAACCUUAAAAGGACACUGGUCUGGUAACUUUGUCUUAAUUUGGGUUUUUCUGUUGCAGUUUGCCAACUCCAGACGUGAAACAGUACACCCUAAGUACUGGCCGUAGUAUCUCCCUGUGUGUGUGUGUCACAUCCCCGGCUUGACUAUCCUCUAACCCCAAAGUAUUUGUGUAUGUUUUUUGUUCCUCAGCAGAGAAAUGAGGAAAUCAUUGGUCAGAAUUGGAAGCGUGCUGUCCUAACUAACAGUGUCCCUUUAAUGUUUCUGAUGAAAAUGACAUUGACUCGCUAAGUUGUUCUUCCCUGAUGUCUGGCCAGUUCAUUGAAUAACCUAUCUUGUUAAUGUUUGUGUGUCUAUUCAAUGUGACUAUGCAAGAGUACUGAAAAUUAACGAUAAAAUCAAAGGCAUCUGAACUUUUGUUCUUGUCUUAACUAAUCACCUAUUUACAUUUGAUUUUCUUCUGUCUUCUUUUGAUUUUAUUUCAUCAUACUUUGUAUGAUUAUUACUCUGAGGACUCUGAUAAUAAUUUUAUUUUUUAGCUUGUCAUUAGCUGUUCAUGACCAGAUUACCAGGGAUCAACAUUGAGAUUUAGAUUGUUUUCACUUGAGAAUGGAAAUUAAUAGA